CAGAGCAAGAGCGGCUGAUGGCCUGGGAGAAGCCCGGCCCACCUGUCUGCUGGCCUGGCAUUGCCUGCUCUGAGUCCUGUGCACUGGGUCCCCAGAGGUGCCAGCCCUGCGCACCCCUCCCCUGUCCCCCAUGCUGAGAAGGCCCUGCCCUCCCCCACCAUGUGUGAGGUGAUGCCCACGAUCAACGAGGGGGACCCUCUGGGGCCCCAACAUGGCGCCGAUGCGGAUGCCAACUUCGAGCAGCUGAUGGUGAACAUGCUGGACGAGCGUGAGAAGUUGCUCGAGUCCCUUCGCGAGAGCCAGGAGACCUUGGUGGCCACCCAGGGCCGGCUCCAGGACGCCCUUCACGAGCGGGACCAGCUGCAGCGCCACCUGAACUCUGCCCUCCCCCAGGAAUUUGCCACCUUGACCCGGGAGCUGAGCAUGUGUCGCGAGCAGCUUCUCGAACGGGAGGAAGAGAUCUCAGAGCUGAAGGCAGAGCGGAACAACACGCGGCUGCUCCUGGAGCACCUGGAGUGCCUGGUGUCCCGCCACGAGCGGUCCCUGCGCAUGACGGUGGUGAAGCGCCAGGCGCAGUCCCCAUCGGGGGUCUCCAGUGAGGUGGAGGUGCUGAAGGCCCUCAAGUCGCUGUUCGAGCACCACAAGGCCCUGGAUGAGAAGGUGCGAGAGCGGCUCCGGGCCGCCCUGGAGCGAGUCACCACCUUGGAGGAGCAGCUGGCAGGUGCCCACCAGCAGGUGUCUGCCCUGCAGCAGGGGGCAGGGGGCCAGGACGGAGCAGCAGAAGAGGGGACUGCACCCCUGGGACUGAAGCGCCUGUGGAAGGAUGACGCAGGCCGGCUGCAGGAGCUGCAGGAGCUGCUGGAGAAGCAGAACUUUGAGCUGAGCCAGGCCCGGGAGCGGCUGGCCACCCUGACAGCAGCUGUGCUGGAACUGGAGGAAGACCUCAGCACAGCCCGCCGGGACCUCAUCAAGUCGGAGGAGCUGAGCAGCAAGCAUCAGCGGGACCUCCGGGAGGCUCUGGCCCAGAAGGAGGACAUGGAGGAGCGAAUCACCACACUGGAGAAGCGCUACCUGGCGGCUCAGCGUGAGGCCACAUCCAUCCAUGACCUCAACGACAAACUGGAGAACGAGCUGGCCAAUAAGGAGUCCCUGCACCGCCAGUGUGAGGAGAAGGCUCGGCACCUGCAGGAGCUACUGGAGCUCUCGGAGCAGAAGCUGCAGCAGACCCUGCGCAGGGCGGAGACGCUGCCGGAGGUGGAGGUCGAGUUGGCCCAGAGAAUCGCAGCCCUCACCAAGGCGGAGGAGCGGCACGGCAACGUGGAGGAGCUGCUGCGGCAGCUGGAGGGCCAGCUGGAGGAGAGGGACCAGGAGCUGGCGCGGGUGCGUCAGCGGGAGAGGAUGAACGAGGACCACAGCAAGCGGCUGGCAGACACCGUGGACCGGCUGCUGAGCGAGUCCAAUGAGCGCCUGCAGCUCCACCUCAAGGAGCGCAUGGCAGCCCUGGAGGAGAAGAACACCUUGAUCCAGGAGCUGGAGAGCUCCCAGCGGCAGAUCGAGGAGCAGCACCAUCACAAGGACCGCCUGUCCGAAGAGAUUGAGAAGCUGCGCCAAGAGGUGGACCAGCUGAAGGGUCGUGGGGGGCCGUUGGCGGAGGGCGUCCGCUCCAGGUCCCACACGGGCAGCGCCGUGGACCUGCGGUUCUCCCUGAGCACGGCGCCCCCCGGCCUGCGACGCCGCUACUCCCUGCGGGAAGAGCCUGCCAAGGACUGGGAGCCGUCGCCGCUGUCUGGCAUGCUGGCCCCCAUGGCUGCGCCCGCCUUCGACAGUGACCCUGAGAUAUCCGACGUGGACGAGGAUGGGCCAGGGGGUCUGGCGGGCUCCGUGGAUAUUGUCUCCCCCGGCAACCACUCCGAUGCGCAGACCUUGGCCAUGAUGCUGCAGGAGCAGCUGGAUGCUAUCAACGAGGAGAUCAGGAUGAUCCAGGAGGAGAAGGAGUCCACGGAGCUCCGCGCGGAGGAGAUCGAGACGCAAGUGACCAGCAGUAGCAUGGAGGCCCUCAACCUGACCCAGCCAUACAGGCGCGGCCCCAUCCCCACCUCGCUGACAGCCCUGUCCUUGGCCAGUGCGUCCCCCGCGCUCAGCGGCCUCUCCACUCUGCGGUGCACCUCCCGCAGCGCUGCCCAGGACCUGGACCGCAUGGGGGUCAUGACGCUGCCCAGUGACUUGCGGAAGCACCGGAGGAAGCUGCAGUCACCAGUGUCUCGGGAACAGGACCGGGAGGAUAAAGCCACCAUAAAAUGUGAGACUUCUCCUCCUUCCUCACCCAGGACCCUGCGGCCCGAGAAGCUUGGCCACCCAGCCCUGAGCCAGGAGGAUGGCAAGAGUGCUCUGGGGGACCAGGGCAGCGACCCCAGCAGCAGCAACAGCAGCCAGGACUCCUUGCACAAGGCUGCCAAGCGCAAAGGCAUCAAGUCGUCCAUUGGCCGCCUGUUUGGGAAGAAGGAGAAGGGCAGGCUGAGCCAGCUGAGCCGGGAUGGAGCUGCGGGCCACGUUAUGCCGACAGACUUCGAGCUCGGGGUGCAGGAGCCCAUGGUGCCUGCCAAGCUGGGGACCCAGGCAGAGAAGGACCGGCGGCUGAAGAAGAAACACCAGCUGCUUGAAGAUGCCCGCAGGAAAGGAACACCCUUUGCCCAGUGGGACGGCCCUACUGUGGUCUCCUGGCUAGAGCUCUGGGUGGGGAUGCCGGCCUGGUACGUGGCCGCGUGCAGGGCCAACGUCAAGAGCGGGGCCAUCAUGUCAGCCCUGUCGGACACGGAGAUCCAGCGGGAGAUCGGCAUCAGCAACGCCCUGCACCGGCUCAAGCUGCGGCUGGCCAUCCAGGAGAUGGUGUCGCUGACCAGCCCCUCCGCCCCACCCACCUCCAGGACUUCCUCCGGGAAUGUCUGGGUCACCCAUGAAGAGAUGGAAACUCUGGCAACAUCCACUGAAACAGACAGUGAGGAGGGCAGCUGGGCUCAGACGCUGGCCUACGGGGACAUGAACCACGAGUGGAUCGGCAACGAGUGGCUGCCCAGCCUGGGGCUGCCCCAGUACCGCAGCUACUUCAUGGAGUGCUUGGUGGACGCGCGCAUGCUGGACCACCUCACCAAGAAGGACCUGCGGGUGCACCUGAAGGUGGUGGACAGCUUCCACCGAACCAGCCUGCAGUAUGGCAUCAUGUGUUUGAAGAGGCUCAACUACGACCGAAAGGAGCUGGAGCGGAGGCGGGAGGAGAGCCAGCAUGAGAUCAGGGACGUGCUGGUCUGGACCAACGAGCAGGUGGUGCGCUGGGUCCAGUCCAUCGGGCUCCGGGACUACGCGGGGAACCUGCAGGAGAGCGGUGUGCACGGCGCCCUGCUGGCCCUGGACGAGAACUUCGACCACAGCGCUCUGGCCCUGGUCCUGCAGAUUCCCACACAGAACACCCAGGCUCGCCAGGUGAUGGAGAGAGAGUUCAACAACCUGCUGGCCUUGGGCACAGACCGGACGCUGGAUGACGGGGAGGACAAGGUGUCCCGCCGGGCCCCCUCCUGGAGGAAGCGCUUCCGGCCUCGGGAACUCUCAGGGGGCGUGCUCAGCGUGUCGGCCCUGGGGCCCCUGCAGCCUCCGCCAGCCCCGCCCAAGAAGAUGGCCCCAGAAGCUCACUCCCACUAUCUCUAUGGCCACAUGCUCUCUGCCUUCCGGGACUAGCCACGGCCCCGGCUCCUCAGGCUCCGCCAGCCCGGCCCCUCCUGCUUGGCCCCUGCCUCCAUGGCUCCCAGCCUCCUCGGCGACUCUCCAGCUGCCCUGGACCUCAGAAUAUACUCGUCCACCCCUCGGCAGCACCCGGUCUGCUGCGUGUCCUUGGUCAGUCUCCCGUGGGUGUGGCUGGGCCUCCGGAGCCAUAGAGGUUCCGAGCAGACAGCGCGGCAGCCCAGGUGGGUGUGAGCCGCCUCCCUCUCCUGGUCCGGGCCUGGGCUACACUGUGACCGCCACGGGCGACCAAGACACUGCCCAGGGCUGGGGACGGCCUGCCAAGAAAAGGGCACUUCAGGCCCUGCUGUGCCUCAGCUGUGGGCCUCCUGGUCCCUGUCCCUGCCCAGCAGCCUGACACCUGUGGCGUCUGCUUCCAGGACCACCUCAGGGCUGGGGGGCUGCAGAAGGCCUGUCCCCCUGGAAGGUGAGGCUGGGGAGAUGAUCCCAGGCCCUGGCGUAGCUGAAUCCCACAUGUGAGUUUGUCAAGAAUUUGAGAGAAAUAGAAACGAGCCUCUGAGCUUUGGGCUGAGGGUCUGGGUGGGGGACCUCUUAGCUCCCCACUCAGUGAGGCUCAGGCCAGCCAGCUGGAGAGGAGCCAGAGGUCUGUGGUGGCCUCACCCCCAAGGGCAGUGGGGAUGCCUCCUGCCCA